AUGGCCUUUUAUCUUGAUAAGAUCUUUCUUCUCCUAAUUCUCUUCACAUUGAGUUCUCCUUCAAAAUCAGAUAAUAUGACUGAUAAGCAAGCACUCUUUGCCAUCAAGGAUGAAAUAAUUGAUCCCUUUGGAUCUUUGAGUUCAUGGAAUGAAUCUGUUCCUUUCUGCCAAUGGCAUGGGGUGGUAUGUGGAACGCGACAUCACAGAGUCACCGAACUAAACCUUCUUGACAAGAAGCUCGCGGGUGUGUUAUCACCCUCUGUUGGAAAUUUGAGCUUCCUCAUACGACUAGAUAUUGGAAACAAUAGCUUUUCUGGUAAUAUCCCUUCGGAAAUAGGUCGUUUGAGAAGAUUGCAAUAUCUACAUUUGUAUAACAAUUCAUUCCAUGGUGAAAUUCCUAUCAAUCUAUCGCUUUGCAGUAACCUCGUUGAGUUAUUUGCUUUCAAGAACAAUCUUGUAGGGGCGCCUCCGAAGGAGCUUGGCUUUCUUUCCAAACUCAAAAACCUUGAUUUGAGUUACAAUAAACUGACUGGCGAAAUCCCAAAAAUUUAUGGGAACUUGUCGAGUCUCUUGGAAAUGUAUCUCUUGGAGAAUGAUCUUGUGGGUAACAUCCCUGAUGAGUUAGGGAAACUGAAAAGUUUGAGAUUAUUUGAUGCGGACUUCAAUAGGUUAUCUGAUACAAUUCCGAGCUCACUAUUCAACCUUUCCUCCUUGAAAGUCAUUGAUGUUUCCGUUAACAAACUUGAACGUACUCUCCCUCAGGAUUUAGGCAUCAACCUUCCUAAGUUGGAGUGUCUCAGCGUUAGUGAGAAUCGAUUCAGUGGGACGCUUCCUAAUUCACUAUUCAACCUCUCAGGACUGGCAUACCUUAUUGUUGGAGGCAAUCACUUUGGAGGAGAGGUUCCUAGGUUUGAUAAGUUGCAUAAUAUAUAUUUUUUAGGCAUGGAUAAUAAUCAGUUUGGGAGUACUGGCAAACCUAGUGAUGACUUGAGCUUUAUAUCUUCCUUGACCAAUGCAACUAACCUGAAACGUCUGUAUCUGCAAAAUACUGCUUUUGGAGGGACAUUUCAUGAGUUUUUCAUCAACCUCUCAGAUGAUCUUUCCUUUGUCGACUUGUCAAACAAUCGAUUUUCUGGACAUAUCCCGAUAGAGAUUGGGAAAUUUAUCAACAUGGAAGAGCUUAGGCUGAGUGGAAACCAACUCACAGGUAUCAUCCCACCGACUAUUGGGAAGCUUUAUAAGCUAAGAUAUUUACUCUUGUCCCAAAAUAGAGUCUCUGGAAUUAUACCCUCAUCCUUUGCAAAUCUGAGCCUUUUAUCAGAGUUAAAUCUUGAUCAUAACAAUCUUAGAGGUAGAAUACCUUCAAGUGUUGCAAAAUGUCAAAGUUUGCUGUAUCUUAACCUGAACCAAAACAAUUUAAUCAGUUCAAUACCCAAAGAAAUGUGUCUCCUUUCUUCCUUAGUUGUUCUAAACCUUUCUAGUAAUAACUUGACCGGCGCCCUUCCCAAAGAACUCAAUAACCUUAAGAAUCUCUUAUCGUUAGAUGUCUCUUUGAAUAGUCUAACUGGUGAAAUUCCCAGUGCACUUGGAAGUUGUGUGACAAUUGUUAACUUAACAAUGAAAAGAAACUUAUUUCACGGGCUUAUUCCUUCCACUUUCAGUUCACUAAGAAGUCUUCAAGUUUUAGAUCUUUCUCAUAAUAAGUUGUCGGGCAUGGUUCCAAAGUACUUGGAAGGAUUUGACUUGCAACUCUUAAACUUGUCGUUUAAUGAUUUUGAAGGUGCCCUUCCAGAGAGAGGCAUCUUUGAGAAUGUGAGCGUAGUUUCUUUAGUUGGAAAUCCUAGAAUUUGUGGUGGUGUACUUGGCCUGAAACUUCCCAGUUGUAACUUUAGUCGUUCAAAUAAUCAUAACUUUAAGCUUGUAGUUUUAGUUAUAUUGGGAAUUUUGGGGCUAGUUGUUAUGGUUGGUUCCCUUCUCCUCUAUCGAUUCGGAAGGACUAAAAGAACAUUUCCUUCUUUAGAUAAAGAUCUAAACCCACUCCUAUUCAUGUCCUAUGAAAGUAUUCUCAAAGUGACCAACGGAUUUUCUGUGAGCAACUUGAUUGGUGUUGGGAGUCAUGGAUAUGUUUAUAAGGGAAUUUUAGAAAGGGAUGGUAAACAUGUUGCUAUAAAAGUGUUGAAUCUUUUACAGCAUGGAGCUAUCAAAAGUUUCAUAGCAGAAUGUGAGGCCCUGAGAAAUGUUAGACAUCGGAAUUUAAUUAAGCUACUUACUGCAUGUUCUGGUGUUGAUUAUGGUGGCAAUGAUUUCAAGGCUUUGGUUUACGAGUUUAUGGACCACGGAUGUUUGGAGGACUGGUUACAUCCAGAUAAUUCAAGAGAAAAUGUCAAGCCAAGAAGGUUGGGGCUUCUACAACGGCUUAAUAUUGCUAUUGAUGUUGCUAGUCCGAUCCACUAUCUUCAUAAUGAUUGUCAAAUAUCAAUAGUUCAUUGUGAUCUCAAACCAAAGAAUGUUCUCCUCGACGAUGAAUUGGUUGCCCAUGUUGGGGAUUUUGGAUUGGCAAGAUUCCUACAUCUGACUAAUAAAACCACUUGUAGAAUUCAGGCCAGCUCUACAACUUUUAAAGGAUCUAUCGGCUACACAGCUCCAGAGUAUGGGAUGGGAAGUGAGCCAUCGAUGCAUGGUGAUGUGUAUAGUUUCGGCAUUGUGUUACUUGAAAUGUUAACCGGGAAAAGGCCUACAGAUGACAUGUUCGGUGGUGAUUUAAGCCUUCAUGAUUUUGUUAGGAAUGCUAUGCGUGAUGGAGCACUUGAGAUAGUAGAUCCAAUUCUUAAUUUGGAAGAGGAAGAGAUAAGCAGAGAGAGCUCUCGAAUCCCAAGUUUCAUAAGAAGGCAAAAAUGGUAGAGGGUUUAAUCUCCUUGUUUGGAGUUAGAGUUUCUUGUUCAACGUAUGAUUCAGAUAAAAGAAAAAACAUCAAGGAGGUUGUGAGAGAGUUGUGCUAUAUUAGAGAUUCUCUUGUUAGUUGUAUAUGAAACAGUUAAUACUUUAAAAAAAAAAAAAAUAAGGUUGAAGUAUAUUACUCUCAUGAAUAAUCUAAAUAUAGUGUUUUGCUUAUUUAACUCAUAGUUGUUCUCGUCAACAUAAUAAAAUUUUAAUUUGUUUACUAGAA